CCCCAUGGCAAUGGAAGGAGGUCAGGCAUUUCCCCAUCCGCUGGCAGUGGCGCCGCCCUUCACCUACCAGGCACACCCCGACGCAUUCGCCGACAAAGGUACCUACGGCGAGAUAGACUGACGUCCCAACGCGGAUCUUUUUGUGGUCUGUCCGCUUCGCCUCGCCAGGGUGUUCGCGCAUCGAGUCGCUGAGAUGGUUCUACAAGACGAUCACCAAGGUGAGGUGGCCAUAUAGCUCAUGUCCACGCGAUGGAUGGAGAUAGUCCGGCGUGUCUUGUGUCUGCGUGUGGCCAUGGCAGGGGCGGCCGGGCCAGCGUCCAGCUGUGUGGAUACCCGACACAGUCUUCUACGACGGAAGGAAACAACCGACGCUGUGGGUCUUCACAAACAAAGUACGCCAGACACACGCUCAUGAGAUUCCAUUCUACCAGGGCUGAUCUGGUGUGGUGUCCUUGUGUACACAGCGCGGCCUCCCCUCGCGCCACCGGUCCCGUCGGCUGACGCACCGGAACAUAUUGAGGCAUUUCUGCUCAUUCCGGUUCCUCUCGACGAUUAUCCCCAUUCACAAGGACGCAUGGGUGGCCCUCGCCCACUACAAGCACCGGGGGCAGCUGGCCUGCCGCCUCCUCACCCUGGCGGAGCUGACAUUCAUGCUGCCCAAUGGCGUGCCCACGGAAGCCUUCAACAUCCUGAGUCUGCAGCAGCUGCCCCCGGCUGCUUCAUUGGCGCUGCAGCAGAUCGGCAGGGAGCGGAGCUCGAUUGCAGCGGCGCUUGACUACACCGUGUUUGGCUCGCCCGCUGUUGAGGGCGGCGUGCAGGAGACAAAGGACCCCUUGUAUGUGGAGAUUGGUGGCCGGGUCGUGCUGAUCAAGCCACAUGCGACAUUUAUGCGUCUCCCGUCCGUCUAUCGUGUCAUUGUCGGUGGACACCCCUCUCCCCCCAACACGACAGAAGUGGAGUCCGUCAUCGUGGCCAAGGUGCUCAGAUGGACAAGAAGAGUACCAUCCGAGCCUACGGUCUCGCCUCCGGUUGCUGCGCAAGAAGACUAUCAGGGGGAAUACGUGACGACCACUCAGCCGACGGACACCAAGCCCGACAUCGACCCUUAUGGCGGGCUGUAUCUGCCGCCAUUUGGACUCAGUUCCCUUGCAAGGCGGGAGAAUGCAGCCACAGCACUGCUCAGAAAGAGGACGGCAGAUGGGCUGUGCUCGCGGCCCAUCUCUGCUACUGGAGGGGGAGGGGGAGGGGGAAGGGAUGCUUCUGGGUCGGCAUUCGCCUGUCUGAUGGACGAUGCACAAGCAAAGAGCCCGUCGGCGGCGAAGGGAGGGAAGGGGAAGGGGAAGGACGAGGAGCCGUGCAGCUGGUUUGUGUCCUGCCGUGAGCCGCUCGUGAAGGGCCACCUGGAGACCAUCACUAAGGUGAGAACGAUCGUCGACACAGACAGAGACACAGGGAUGAGUGAGUCACGUAUCUAUGCUUUGACCGAAUGGAUGCAGCGGUUGGUGUGUCACUUGUCUCGUAUCGGCGGUGUGCGAGUCGACGGAAUGCACCUCGACUUCAUCAAGACCGGUCGGUCAGCCAGACAGCGAUCUGUUUCCCCUCUUCUGAUCAGGAGCCCUCUCUCUCUCUGAUCGUUUUGUGUGUGCAGAUGAUUCUGAGGUCUUUCUUCUCGUGAACGUGUCAGGUGAUAAGGACAGAGCAAGUGUCUCAUCCUCCCUCCAUCCCUCCCUCCCCCCUGUGUGCAGGGUUCGACAUCACGAGCAAAGGCGGGCAGCUUGGCUCGGACAGAGACAGCGAAUCGUACGCAAGUUCGGUGUCGGAUGACGACGGCGAGAAGGCAACGGGUAGGAGAGGCCGCAGGGCGCAAGGUGGGCGUCGACGAGACAGAAAGGGCGAGGCCGCUGAGGGCAAGACAUGGCUGGUGGCUGACGGACGGGUAUGUAGGCGCACAGGAGGCAUACAUAUGAGGAUUGGCAUACGUGUGUUGUGGGGGGGUGGGUGGCUGCAGGUGUGCCUGUGUGAGGGCGACUUUUGCUCCAUGGAGGCGACACUGACCCUCGGGAGAGCCCUACUCAGAGACAACGACACCAUCGUGGAGAGAUGGCAGAAAGUAAGACCAUCACCACCCACACACAGACAGCCCUGGUAUGUCCCUCGCUCCCCAUCUGCUGUAUUCAGAUCGCCGUAUCGGGCGAUCGCGCGGAGGUGCGCAUCGAGCCAGGAGGCGACCCACACGCGCCACACCGGAUCUCCCCAGGCACAGUGAUCAUCAGUCGAAUGGAGAGGGGCGUGCCGCUCGAGAUCGGGCGGACCAAGCGCAUGCUCACGCAGCAGUACGUCAACGUCUGCAACCGGUGCUUCAUGGCCUACGCCAAGAUCGACAGGGACCGACGGAGAGGGGAAGGGGGAAGCCCUGAGGCAGGUGUCCAUCUGCCCCACAGAGGCAGGAUGAUGACUACCAGUGACAUCCGGCACCUGCUCGACGAGCAGCUGUUCCAGCAGCGGAGGAGCCGCACAUCUGUCGACAGCCAUCUAGCCGCUGCUGCUGCCGCUGCAGCAACGGCGGCCGGUGAGCAAGACGACCACCCAUCGAGUGCGAGGUCAGACACAUAGACCGCGACACACAACUGCACACACGCGAUACACAUGCCCCGUCUCACGUGUGUACACAGUUCAGAUCGAGAUCGUCCACUGGCCUUCGUCCAGCCCCAAGCGCCCCCUGCCCGCCGCCGGCAGACCACGUUCGAGCAAGCCCCCAUCGGCACACUCCGAGCAGCCGUGUGGGUCGAUCGCACACCGCCACAAGACACCCACACCCACACAGACAGAGACAGAGACAGCACGGACACCAACGACGCGGUGGACGAAGACGAUGGCAGCAGCAGCAGCCAGUUGGAGAGGAUGUAUGAGCAGCUGCUGGCGUGGGAGAGAGAGUGCGAGCGGGAGACCGAUGCCAAGUAUGAGAGGGACACGCAGCACGAGUCGUCGUCGAUAGACGAGACCGCUGCGGAGGCGGCUGCCCGUCGUGUUCUGUCCAGAGACAGCACCGAGACAACAGUAAGGAAGGACGUACAUACGGUUGGUCUAUCACACCACACCACGCCGACAUAAAUCUGUCGGUGUCGGUGUCUGUGUCUGCAGCUGACUCCUCCCGUCCACCGCGCAAGCGCCCCAGCUGUUGUUGAGCCGCCCUGUGUUUCGUCACGGCGGUUUCUGCCCUCGCUUGACGCCAAGGCCCGGCAGGUGGCCAGGAGGGCAAAAGAUACCGUGGAGAGGCUACAGCGGACUGUUGCACACGACAAGUACAAACAAGGGUGUGUGUGUAGCAGUAUGUGUGUCUGUGUCUGUGUGUGUGUUUGUGUGUGUGUGUGUGUGCAGCCCAUCCUCCUUCCCUCCCUCCUCCCCUCUAUGGCGUCGUGUGGACGGUGUCCUUCUCGACACCCUCCUCUCCCAAGCCGUCGACGCCUAUCCCUCACCUGUCCCCAUCAUGGUGCCCUCACUCAGCAUCAACACCACCACACACAUUGGUGCACCAUCGGAUAUGGUGCACCCGCCAAUGCUCCGCUCGCCGUCGGUGGGCUCCCUGGACGGCCGGUGGUCCUACCACCGAUACGGCCGGCGGAUUGCGCGGUGCCACCCGAUGCGGCUGCUGUGUGAAGUUUGGCAGAUGAAAUACAACCUGGUGAGCCGCUGUUGAUGUAGGAAUCGUCGCAUAGGUCGCUCUGUGAAUGCAUGGCUGAAUUUAGGUGCGGGCGGUAGAAGAUGAGAUCAGGAGAAGCCCCCUGUAUGAGCAGCAGCGGGCGGCAUGCCCCGCCACUGCCACGGCCGCAGCCGCAGCCGCAGCCGUGUUUGUGCCGAGCGUGUCGAUGAUCAACGAGACCUCCCCUGUAUACCGGACACUGUGCACAAUCGCCCAGGCAAUCAUUGAGAGGUGAGAGAGACGUAUAGAGAGAGGAGACACAUGAGGUCUCGUCAUUUUUCUACCAGGACGAACGAGACGCCCGAGGCAGAUGGCAUCGAGGGCCCCCUGACCCGGCUGCUGGAGUGCGUCAACCAGGAAGCUUUCCAACCAUCCGCCCCUCCCUCUCUGUCACGCCCUCUGACGGCGCACAGAGACAGCACAUUGGAAGGGUCUCAAACACACGGACACAGCAAAGAGGAGGGCGUUGACAUCCGGCUGCGGAGAAAACUCUUCUCCACCGACCCCAAGAGCACAAAGCCCCGACAACGCCCCAUAAGCGCCCCCCCUCCCCCAGGAGCAUCCCACAAGCACCCCACACGCACCGGCCCCAUCUCGAGUGCCUUCGAUAGGCUAUUUCCCCCUCUCUACAGCGAGAGGGUAGUUGCCAUGGUUGACAGCAUACUGCGGGGGAUGCCGGCGUCACGUGAGCUUGCGGGUCAGCUGCGGGCUGUGAGGGAGAGGGAGGGUGUGCUCAGCCGCAUCAAGGGCGAUGUGUGGACGGUGCCGGGGCGGCAGAGUGGGGGCGGACUGACACUGGAAGCCAGGAGGUGCGUUCGCUGUGAGUCAGAAGGAUUAAUCGCUGUGUCUCCCCUGUCAUGUCUAUGCUCUCGUUGCUGUGUCGUGUUGUGGUUCCGCAGGUUCAUUGGCCGCCACCAUGCAGUGGUGGUCGGCUGAGUCCCCCACGAAAGAGUCGACGAAAAAGUCCCUGAAUUGCUCGCUCGGCUACCGCCUCCCCAGGCUGUCUGUCUGUCUGAUCUCGUUCUCUUUUUGUUCCGUCUCAGCCGCAGACAAAGCCUAUCCGCCUACUCACCUAGAUGCCUAUCCACGCAAUGCAAUGCAAUCCAUGCCCACAUGCACGCAACAAAAGAAAGAGUCGUGAUGGUGGUGGUGGUGUGUGUGCAGGGCAGCACAGCCAGCGAUUAAAAGUGCGAAUGUGAGUGGACGGGUGGGUGGAUGUGGGUGUGAGGUGGGCGUGGGAUGGACAAUGGAAUGGAUGGUGGAUCGGGGAGGGCAUGUGACACCCCAAGACAGUAGUGAGUUUGUCAGUGAGUGCAUAGAACACGCGACACGACAGGCGACAUACAACAGCAAC